AUGAAGUUCUUGACAAUCAGCAUUUUCAUCGCCCUUGUUGCGGCAGCCCCAACAAGCGUCGUUCGUCAGGAAGACAAUCCAGCCCUUAAGACGCGACAAAGCAGCACCACCAGAAAUGAACUUGAGACCGGUAGUAGCUCAAGCUGCCCGGAAGGAAUCCUUAUUUACGCGCGGGGAUCAACAGAGGCCGGCAACAUGGGAGACGGAGUUGGCCCGCUACUUGCCACCAACGUUGCAAACCAAGUCCCCAGCCUGUGGGUUCAGGGCGUUGGAGGACCUUAUACUGCCGGGCUGUUUGAGAAUUUAUUGACGAGGGGCACAAGUGAGGAUGCAAUUGAUGAAGGAGUCCGACUCUUUAACUUGGCAAACAGCAAAUGUCCCGGCUCUGCCAUUGUGACUGGUGGCUACAGCCAAGGGGCCGCUCUUAUUGCUGCGGCCGUGAGCGAUCUAAGCGCCACGGUGCGAGAACAAGUAAAGGGCGCCGUUCUGUUUGGCUACACCAAAAACCAGCAGAAUAAUGGCCAAAUCCCGAAUUACCCUGCAGAGAGAACUCAGAUCUACUGCGCCGACGGAGACCUUGUGUGCGAAGGCACUCUAACCAUCUUGCCCCCUCACUUCUCAUAUGACGAUGAGGCGGAGGGGGUUGCCGCUGAUUUCUUGGCGAGUAAAAUCUAG